UCGCGCAGACGGCAAGUGCUAUAUUUUUCACGGUCGUAAGGGCAACAUUUUGCUUGACUUUACCAACAAAAUGAUGACAUUUCCUGGGAAAGAUACUCAUAAACGGCAACACACAGCCUUUCUAUAACUUCAUGGUGUUGAGGAGAGAGCAGAAAAUUGAGAUGUCAUGUUCAAAAAAGGUGUUUUUCCAGCUUGUUUUUGCGGACGGACUGCGUACGUGUUGGCGGUUUUGUUGUUAGGGAUCUUUUCGGCACGUGUCGUCUGCGGUCAAAAUGCGCUACAAACACAAGAUUCUUCGGAGGAACAAAUCUUCGUUCGCACCGGUGAGACUGUGAUCCUCCCCUGCAAUCAAUCAGUCCCCACCCCCUCCCCAAGCGCCCCUUUCGUUUUAUUCUUCAUCCAAUGGCGUCGCCUGGAUCUACCGUUCCCAUUCUACAUCGGUUUCUUAGCCAAUGAACCUUACGUCGACCCCCAGUAUGAAGGAAGGGCUAGCCUUCUUGAUGAUUUAUCGCUACAGAUUGAUGAUAUAGUAGCGGAGGAUGAUGGAAUGUACGAGUGUCAAGUCAUUGUUUUGAAUGGAAACUAUGACGAUAUUGGAAAUGGAACAUUUAUUCAUCUCACUGUUAUAGGCCCACCAAGAUUUUUAAGUACUCCACCAGCUCUUGUCAUAUUCCACCAAGGAAAAACCAGUGAACUUCAAUGCAUCGCAAAGGGCACCCCUACACCAACAGUUACUUGGCUCAAAGAUGGUGCACCAAUUACAGGUGCCCAUAUUCGGACAACAGUCAGUUCCAUUGUCUUUGAAGGGGUGCAAGAGCAUGAUGGAGGGACGUACGUUUGCACUGCGGAGAGUGAGGAGGGGGCAGUUCAGCACACAGUCAGACUUCUAGUGCAUGGUGCGCCAUUUAUAUUCAUCCCACCACACAAUAUUUCAGUAAUACAAGACGAAACGGCCAUCUUGGAAUGCGAAGCGGAAGCCUCACCCAGUAAUAUCACCCAACGCUGGUACUACCAAGAUGACUACAUAGAGACUGUACCCAGUCUUAGAGGGAGAUACGCCUUACUCCCAGAGGGGGGUCUGACUGUUGAGAGGGUACGCCCAGAGGAUGAAGGAUGGUAUUCGUGUAGCCCUACUAAUGGGUUAGGGGUACCUCCCACGGCAAGAGGGUACCUCGAUGUGCAAUAUGCUGCUUAUGUUGUGGGCAUGCCAGCCAAUGCCUACAUAUCUAGAGGCCUUGAUGUUACUCUAUCAUGCACAGCUGAUGCUGAUCCACCUGUUCUUAAUGUUAAAUGGUACAAAGCAGGAGCCGAGAUUAUUCAACUGCCAUCAAAUAGAUAUCACAUAUCAAGCGAGGGCAGUCUAACCAUCACAGACACCGAGUUUAACGAUAGUGGGUCUUAUACCUGCGCUCCUUACAAUAAGAUCGGUACAGCAGGGGUGUCAACAGCAACCCUACUGACUGUUAAAGACCCGCCGACAUUUGUUGUUAAACCUAAGCUAGUUUAUCAACGUACCUUGGGUGAUGACAUCACUAUGCCAUGCUCUGCAGUGGGAGAGCCCAGCCCAACUAUCACAUGGAGAAUGCUGGACGGUAAACUUGCUCCAUUUCGAUCGACCAUCUCUCAGACCAGUCUGAUGAUUCGCGGACUGACCAAAGAGGAUCAUGGGAUAUAUCAAUGCGAAGCGGCCAAUGAGAUCGCUACGAUCAUCAGCACAACACAGCUUAUAGUAGAACUGACAUCUCCUCAUAAACCAUUGAAUGUUACCGUGGUAACUACCAUCAGUUCAGCCCAUGUUUCCUGGCAACCAGCCUAUAGUGGCGGCUUCACACAAACAUUCACCGUCUGGUAUCGUCAAGGUGAAACAGAUUCUGAUUGGUUGAAUCUUCCUUACAUCCCAGAGAGAGUCAACUUUCAAUUGGUCAGCGGCUUGGAGCCCAGUGCAGAGUACCAGUUUGGGGUGGUUGCCAGUAACCAGCUUGGAGACAGUGAUCUCAGUGACGUCGUCACAGCCCUAACUAAAGACCCUGAAGUUGUUGUGUCACCGACAGAUGAAACUGGUAAAACAGUCAUUCCAAUAUUUUAUGGGUUGACUCCUUCACCUCCAAGGAACCUUACCAUCACUUCGUCACAAGAGGGCCUCAUUCUUGCCUGGUACCCACCAGCCGUCUGGGGUCACUUUGUGGACCGUUACUCCAUCGAGUACCGGCUACAUGGUCCAUGGGUCGUUCUGUAUGAUCGAAUUGACGGGGACCAGUCAACUAUGGUGCUAGGUAAACUACUGACCAAUACGACAUACCAGUUCCGGAUGUUUGCGUUCACACCAGCAUUGUAUAGCUCACCGAGUGAGGUGGUUACCGGAUUCACUGGAGGUAUUGCUGCCUACAUCCCACCUAGCCCAACUGCCAAAAUCCCGCAGUUUGGGGAACCAGGGAUAUUAGCUGGUGUCAUAGCAGCAGUUUGCUUCCUUGUUGUUACUCUUCUACUGAGUCUUAUUGCUAUCUGUGUAUCACAUCGACGGAAGAAGAGGAAAAGAAUAGCUUUGUUUAGUAUUGCUGUCCAGACCCCUCAACCACUAAUACACAGAUCCCCACAGACACCGUCCCAAGAGACCCCCCUACCCACCCCUAUCAAGCAGCCAACAGGCAUCGUCAACAAGCUCAUAACCAAAAUCUCCCCCAAGCAUAAGACUGCUAACGCCUCUGCUCCCCACCCUAGUCGCCAAGCCCACCUCACCUCCAACGGGAAGCUACCCAAUGGUGGCCACGCUGAGCCUAGCAUCAGUGAGCGACUUCUUGGUCGCUCAUCUCAACGCUCGGCAUCAUAUAAACCUGAGGGUGAGGACUCACGGUGGAUGGUGGGGAGUAGAGACAGGCCAAGACGUCUUGCAUCGGAGCAAGCUUUAGAGUUAGAUGAGUUUGAAUCGUCAGCAGGGGUGUAUUCCGUACAGGACGGAAGGAUUAGAUCCCAUGGGAGGUACAACAAUGACCGGUUACAGCCACAUACCACUCAGUCAGAUAGUAACUCAGAGGUAGAGGGCUCUAGAGGGUUACACCCAGACUCCGCCCAUCCAGUCCGCGGUGACUACGUCUACUACCAUGGAGAAAUGUUCAUCACAAGUAACUCUGAAGAUAACGAAGAUUACGAUUGGGCGAGUGAAUCGGGGACAGUUGAAGGGAGUGGUGAGGGCGGGGUCGUUAACCAUGCCCUAGAGGUAGAUGAAGUGGGUGUUGUCACUCCACGACGCCCACCAGCUGCCCAGAAUCAAUAUGUUGAUAUGCCGACUAGAAACACAUGGCAAUGGGAUCGGGAUUGGGCUGAUGAUACAUUGAGUCAUCGUGAGAGUAACACGCCACUCCCUGCUUACCACGACGUCCCACAACAACCACAGCAACAGCAGCAACGAUCCAAUAGCCGCAGUGCCACUCUGCCUAGACAGAGUACAAGAAAAGAUAUCCGACGAUUGACCCGUGAUGAUUAUGGGAGUGAGCCACCUCCUGCUUAUCAGAGUACCCCAACAUGGUCGGACAGCAUCAGUACUAUACAGGGGAACUCACCUCGUGCAAGACGCCCUGACUAUGAAUAUAACCAACCCCUAGAAGAAAAAUCAAACUACCAAGUCCCACCAAAUACGGAACUUUCCAGGGGCCGAGAAACUAGUCCUUAUCGCAAGUCAUCUCCAAAUAGUAAGGACUAUGAUGAGCUUAGAAAUAGUCCUAGGAGAACAAGUCCUGACAGGAAUUCUGGCGAAGCUGCCUUUAGAAAUGGUCCUACGGGUAGAAGUCCCGACAGGAAUCCUAGCGAAGCUACCUUCAGAAAUAGUCCUAGGAGAACAAGUCCUAACAGGAAUUCUGGCGAAGCUACUUUUAGAAGUAGUCCUAGGAGAACAAGUCCCCACAGGAGUCCUGGCGAAGGUACCUUAAGAAUUAGACCUACGAGAAGUCCCAUCAGGAGUCCUGGCGAAGCUACCUUUAGAUCAGGUACUACAAGAAGCCCUGAGAGGCAACCAAGACCCCAUCGCCAAGAAACCUAUGUGAACCCCACCCUCUCAAAGAGAUCUCCUGAGAUAUCAAGGAGCCCAAUUCCAGAUAGAUCACUGAGCCCGUUUCCUGAUAGAUCACGGAGCCCUUAUCCCGAGCGGUCACGGAGCCCUUACCAUCAUCGGGAUAAUUACCCAUUGUAUGAUAGAACUAAAAGUCCGAGGAGAGAUGGGAACUUAAACAGGACCAAAAGUCCAACAUCAGACGAUGAUCAAAAGACCCUGUCGAGAGGAAGGCUCGGUGGUGAUUCUGGAGGAUUCCGUAAACCUGUUGAGCAGGUGAUGAAGAGAAGUCCAGUGAGAUCAGAGCAAAGGUCACAGGGUUGGACAAACCCACGGUCACCUAGAAGUGGUGCUACAUCUUUAGAAAGCUAUGCAGACCCAGAUACACUGCAGGGAACGUUCAGGGAUGCUGAUCCAACCAUCAUUGAGCCUACGCGCCGACCACAAGAAUGGCAUUCUGUGAAUGGCCAUGCGUCUCCACAAGGGGGCGCCAUACCCAAAAGGUUUGGCACGCCAUCCCCAUCAAAUAAGAGCAAGCCCAAAAUUCAUGAGAGAGUUUCACCUCAAGGUGGUAGAAAAUCCAAGAAUUACCAGGAGUCAUUGUCGCCAGACUCAACUGAACGUCCGAAACGUAGCAGUCUUUCUCCUAGAGAUGGUAGACAACUUUCAUCUGAAAUCCCCUCGGAACCUUCUCUGUCGCCAACCACCACACGAGGGAGUAUAUCAUCUGUCGACAGCCGACCAGGCUCCACUAAACCAAUCCCGUUACCCCAAUCCUACAUCUCAGCUCAACGAAGCCUUCUCUCACCAAACAGCCAGUGUUCUGCGAGCAGCGGUUACGCAAGUCGCAACACCUCUCAGAGCACAAGCUCCAGAGGGCGCACUAGUAGCGUUCCAAGCAUCCAUGACCCGAUCGAUAGUCCCUUCUCGGAUUCAGCCGGACCCUUCUCAAAUGUAAGCUCCAAGGAAUCAGAGGAACCGUUUUAUGAGUUUGACCCGAUGCUAAGAGAGUCGGAGCUAAGAGAGUCGGAGCUUCUCGAUGCCUUAAAGAAGUACUACGAGCCGGUAGAGAUAAAGAUUCCAAAUGACGAGGUGUAUCAAGAGGGUACAGGUAAGGUUGCUAAUAUGGAGAAGAGAUGCGAGGAGUUGAAGAGAGAGUUUCAGGAAUACCAACGACUACAAGAUGAGGUUAAGCGAGGGAGUUUUAGACUCACCUCAAGCGUCUAGCUCGUUGCUGGACAGACCUUGCAAACUCAAUGGUUUCAUUAGGUACAUCGAUUUAAUUUGAUAUACAAGCGUUCCAUGUCUGUGUUAUGAAUGGUCAAAGGUGAUGUAGUGUCAGCUUGCACUUUCACUCGUCUGCAUGCAGCGUACAUGCAAAAACGUGAAAGUCAAACGAUAACUCAUGUUUCCACAUUAAAAAUUUAAAUUCAAAUGAGCAAACAAAGAUUUAGAUUUUCAUUAGUAUGAUCACUGUAAUUCAGGAUAUUUUAAAAAUGCUACUUAAUUUUGUUCGGUAUUUAAAAAAAAAUAUUUUACAUUGAUUGAUGAACAAAGUUUUUUGCAGAUUUUAUUUGAUUUGUUUUUUAAUUUCCCCACCAAUGUCUCAAGGUUUAAAACUUUUACUGGCUGUAAAGUUUUUACUUCAGAAACACAUUUUUUUAACAAGUGUUAAAACAUUUUGUACGUUGAACAAAAUAUUAGUGUUUUAAUUUGUUUUAUAACUCUGGUCGGAUUUUUUUACAAAUGUUGCUAGUUACUAAAGUGACCAAGUAUAAGCUGGAAUGGAAAAUAGUUGGGUACCUCUGUUCAUUUAUAUUUAAAUCAGUAACCAAUGUGGUUCAUGAACACGUGGAGUAUGACAAAGCUGGAUAUUACACACAAUGUGAUUUUAAACAUUAAUUUUGAACAAAAUUUGGGGAGAGAGUAACACUGACCAAAGUUCAAACGAAAUUUAAGCAUUUCCACUUAAAAUAUUUUUUUUGUUUACAUCUUACCGCUCAAAAGACUGAAUUCCAGCAUUUUUCACUUAAAUACUUUUUUUGUUUACAUCUAACUGUGCAAAAGACAAAAUUUCAGCAUUUUUACUUAAACUUGCCUUAGAUCGGGCAAGUUGGUCUAUGAAAAGUGUUUUAAAAGUAGAAUAUAUGCCUCGUAAUUGCAUAGUUUUCCUUAUACG